GUCAGGACCCCGCUGCGGCUGCUGCGGCUGCUGCGGCUGCUGGAGCCCCGGACUCGGAGGCGGCCGGGGCGCUGCAGGCGGCUCUGCGGGGCGUGGUUUGGACCCGCAGCAUGCGGCGCAUGUACACGCUCGUAGAGAGGUGCCUUCGCCACGGUGAGCCGGUGCUGCUGGUGGGCGAGACGGGCACCGGCAAGACCACCGUGUGCCAGCUGCUGGCGCUCAUGCGCAAGCAGCACCUGCACAUCCUCAACUGCAACCAGCACACCGAGACGUCCGACUUCCUGGGCGGCUUCCGACCCACCCGCGGCCGCGAGCGCGCGCUGGGGCAGUUCCGGGCCGCGGCGCUACGUGUGGCGGCCAGCCCGCUGCUGCAGGUGCUAGGCGUGGCGGCGCCGCUGGUUCCUGAGGAGAUUGGGCCGCAGGCCAUUACACCGCUGCUGGCGACUGUGACGGAGGCGGUGGCAGCGGCGAGCAAGGCGCUUGCUGAGAUGGACGCUCGGGGCCGGCGGGAAGCUAAGAAGGCCCUCAAGGCUGCGAUCAAGGCCGCCGCAAAGGCUAACGGCGGCGGUGGAGGAGCCGGGGAAGCUGGACCCGCUGACUUGGACGAGCAGCUGAAGGUGCUGCAGGCUGACGGCGCGGCGGCGAGUGCUGCGGCGACGGAGGCGCGUGCGCCGUUUGCGUGGGCGGACGGUCCGCUGGUGACAGCGAUGCGGCGGGGUGACAUGAUCCUGGUGGAUGAAAUCAACUUGGCGGAGGAUGCCGUACUGGAGCGGCUGAACAGCGUGUUGGAGCCCGGCCGCACCCUCACGCUGGCGGAGCGCGGUGGCGAGGGCGCCGAGGUGGUGGUGGGCGCGGAGGGCUUCCGCUUGCUGGCCACCAUGAACCCCGGCGGUGACUUUGGCAAGAAGGAGCUGUCGCCCGCGCUGGCCAACCGCUUCACCACCAUCUGGGUGCCGGCCAUGGAGGACAUGCAGGAGAUGCGGGCAAUCCUGGAGGCGCGGCUGGCAG